UCUGCCCUUCAUUAAGGCUUGUGUUUAGCUGCUCGACUUGACUUUAAGUGGCUGGAACUUGGCGGAGAAAGUUUGAAUCCUUCUGUUGUGUGUUCUUGCCUAGCUCCCUCCUGGAGUCAAAUCCCCUUUUUCCCUUUGUUGAUCGGUGCCUUGGCGGCUGGCAAGGCUGAAAGUUUAGCAAGUUCUGCAAAUAACUUCACAUCACAAUAGAAAGUGGUUUUUUUUUUUUUUUUUCCUUUUUCCUGCUCAUAAACGCCUCCUUGAAGAUUGCAGCUGGGCAGGACUCCAAAGGUGCAGCAGCAACAACAAACCAGUAGUUCAGAGUUAGCAAAUUGCACAACUUCCAGCUCAUCGCUACGCUGGGUGACUACUAACAAGCUGAAGGAGGUGAGGGGAAAGAGGGGGAGGAAAGAACACCCCAGCCUUGGGUUUGGACGCGUUGAUGUGGUGGUUCAGCCGCUGGAGUGGCUAUGGCUCCCUUUGGAAGGAAUCUAUUAAAGACCCGGCACAAAAGCAGAUCUCCAGACAAGAACAUGGCUUCUGAUGAAAGGGAGAUAGUGGUUUGGGUAUGCCAGGAGGAGAAAAUUGUGUGUGGACUGACAAAGCGCACAACCUGUGCUGAUGUGAUCCAAGCUCUACUAGAGGAACAUCAAGCUACAUUUGGAGAAAAACGGUUUCUUUUUGGACAACCUAGUGAUUAUUGUAUCAUAGAAAAAUGGAGAGGCUCUGAGCGGGUCCUUCCCCCGCUGACAAAAAUGCUGAGACUUUGGAAGGCCUGGGGAGAGGAGCAGCCCAAUUUGCACUUUGUUCUGGUGAAGUCAGAUGCUUUCCUCUCAUUUCCGUUAUGGAGGACGGCUGAAGCAAAGAUAGUACAAAACAUAGGAAGACAAUGGGAGCUCAGCCCAGCAAAUUACAUGAAGUUGUUGCCAGUGGAUAAGCAAAAGAGGAUUGUUAGAAAGACUUUCAGGAAACUGGCCAAACUUAAACAGGACCAUACUCUGCAAGAGCGAGACAAUAUGGAGACAUUGAUUCAUCUGAUCAUUUCCCAAGAUCAUACCAUUCAUCAGCAAGUCAACAGAAUGAAGGAAUUGGAUAAGGAAAUUGAAAAAUGUGAAGCCAAAUUCCACCUAGUUCAGGUAGAAAAUGAUGGAGAAAAUUAUGUGCAGGAUUCUUAUUUAAUGGCCACUCCAAAUGAUGCUGAGCAACAAACAAAUGUGCCACAUGGUCAACAUCAGAUGCAUGAAUACUUGAGCAAAAGUGAUGGAAUUUUACAGAUGGAAGAAGGACUGAAACAUCACGAACUACUAAUUGAAAAGCUCUGUGCUGAAAUUGAAAAAGAGGUAAAAGGUGUAUGCACUGAAACAAAUGGAGAUGGUAAAUGCAUGGCAGAGGCCUUAAAUGGCCAACUAGAAUCCUCAAAUUUAGAAAGUGUCAAACAUGAGUUGGAAAAAAGUACGAAAGAUGGCUUGAGAAUCCACUCUCACUUGAGCUGCAUUCAGAAAGAGCUUACCUACAGGGACUUGCUACUGCAAAAGAAGGAAAAAGAAUAUGAACUCCUUGUGGAAGAAUUUAAUUCACUGCAUAUCAAAGACAAAAUUGAAUCCAGAUGUCCAGCUAAUGAAGAGCAGGCAAAAGGCAGCGAGGUUUCCAGCAAGUGUGUCGCAGUGCCAGACUUUGUUCAUAAAGUGAUUAAUGUAGACAUAAAUGAUACGGACUCUGACACUGGAAUCAGCUCGACUCAUAGUCAGGACUCUGAAACAGCUUUAGGAGACAUGAUACUGUUGUCAACAUAGCUGGAGACCGUUGUGCACAUGACAAAGAGUAAUAUAAAAACAACCAUCUUUGGGGGAUAUUUAUCCUUUUAAUACUCUUGCUAUCAUAGGGUAUGUCUACACUGCAGCUGGAAGUGAGCCUCCCAGCCUGGGUAGACAGACUUGU